AUGACAAAGGACGUAGAGGUAGCAGAGCACAGCGAGUACUCAGCCAAGGACUACCACGAUCCACCUCCGGCUGCCUUGAUCGACAGCGAAGAACUAACCAAAUGGUCCUUUUACAGGGCUCUUAUCGCCGAGUUCAUCGCUACCCUUCUGUUCCUCUACAUCACUGUUCUCACCGUCAUCGGCUACAAGAGGCUAACUGAUCCACUCCAUCAGGGCGAUCCUUGUGGUGGUGUUGGCAUCCUCGGCAUCGCCUGGGCCUUUGGCGGAAUGAUCUUCAUCCUCGUCUACUGCACCGCCGGUAUUUCCGGAGGACAUAUUAACCCAGCUGUGACGUUUGGACUGUUCUUGGCAAGGAAGGUGUCUCUUAUCAGAGCUUUUAUGUAUAUGGUAGCACAGUGUUUAGGUGCAAUCUGUGGUGUAGGAUUGGUGAAGGCUUUCCAGAAGUCUUACUAUGACCUUUACGGUGGUGGGGCCAACGAGCUUUCUGAUGGCUACAACAAAGGCGUUGGUUUGGGUGCUGAGAUCAUCGGCACCUUUGUUCUGGUCUACACUGUUUUCUCAGCCACUGAUCCUAAAAGGAAUGCAAGAGACUCCCAUGUUCCCGUUUUGGCUCCACUCCCCAUUGGAUUCGCCGUCUUCAUGGUUCACUUAGCCACAAUCCCAAUCACCGGCACUGGUAUUAACCCUGCUAGAAGUUUUGGAGCUGCUGUGAUCUACAAUAAAGACAAGGCCUGGGAUGACCAAUGGAUCUUUUGGGUCGGACCUUUCAUAGGAGCCGCCAUUGCCGCAUUUUACCACCAGUACAUUCUGAGAGCUGCUGCAAUUAAGGCUCUUGGAUCCUUCAGGAGCAACGCCUAAAGACUUUUUUGUUGGUGGUUGGUUGGUGUUUCCAAAAGAAUAAGAAUGGAAGAUCUAGUGCGUGCAUGUUUGUACGAAGGUCCAUUUGGGCAUGGGUGUGAAAAUUGAGUGGCC